AUGUCUUUGUUCCUAAACACAACGUUGUCUUCGUUCCUAUACACAACGUUUUCUUCGUUCAUAUACACAACCUUGUCUUCGGUCCUAUACACAACCUGUUCCUCCUUCCCAUACACAUCUUUUUCUUCGUUCCUAUACACAACCUUGUCUUCCCUUUUUCUCGUUCCUAUACACAACCUUUUCUUCGUUCCUAUACACAACCUUGUCAUUGUUCCUAUACACAACAUUUCUUUGUUCCUAUACACAACCUUGUUUUCGUUCCUAUACACAACCUUGUCUUUGUUCCUAUACACAAACAUUUCUUCGUUCCUAUACACAACCUCUCCUUCGUUCCUAUACAAAACCUUUCCUUCGUUCCUAUACACAACAUUGUCUUCGUUCCUAUACACAACAUUGUCUUCGUUCCUAUACACAACCUUGUGUUCGUUCCCAUACACAACCUUUUUUUCGUUCCUAUACACAACCUUGUCUUUGUUCCUAUACACAACCUUUUCUUCGUUCCUAUACACAACCUUUCUUUGUUCCUAUACACAACCUUUUCUUCGUUCCUAUACACAACCUUUCUUUGUUCCUAUACACACCCUUGUCUUCGUUCCUAUACACAACCUUGUCUUCGUUCCUAUACACAACGUUGUCUUUGUUCCUAUACACAACGUUGUCUUCGUUCCUAUACACAACCUCUUCAUCGUUCCAAUACACAAUCUUUUCUUCGUUCCUAUACACAACCUCUUCUUCGUUCCUAUACACUCUCUUUUCUCCGUUCCUAUACACAAACUUGUCUUUGUUCCUAUACACAACCUUUUCUUCGUUCCUAUACACAACCUUGUCUUUGUUCCUAUACACAACCUUUUCUUCGUUCCUAUACACAACCUUUCUUUGUUCCUAUACACAACAUUUCUUCGUUCAUAUACACAACCUUUCUUUGUUCCUAUACACACCCUUGUCUUCGUUCCUAUACACAACCUUGUCUUUGUUCAUAUACACAACCUUUUCUUCGUUCCUAUACACAACCUUUUCUUCGUUCCUAUACACAACCUUGUCUUUGUUCCUAUACACAACGUUUUCUUCGUUCCUAUAUACAACGUUGUCUUCGUUCCUAUACACAGCAUUUUUCUCGUUCCUAUACAGAACCUUUUCUUCGUUCCUAUACACAAAUUUGUCUUUGUUCCUAUACACAACCUUUUCUUCGUUCCUAUACACAACCUUGUCUUUGUUCCUAUACAAAACCUUUUCUUCGUUCAUAUACACAACCUUUUCUUCGUUCCUAUACACAACCUCUUCUUCGUUCCUAUACACAACAUUUUCUUCGUUCCUAUACACAACCUCUUCUUCGUUCCUAUACACAACCUUUUCUUCGUUCCUAUACACAACCUUGUCUUUGUUCCUAUACACAACUUUUUCUUCGUUCUAAUACACAACGUUGUCUUCGUUCCUAUACACAGCCUUUUUCUCGUUCCUAUACACAACCUUUUCUUUGUUCCUAAUCACAACCUUUUCUUCGUACCUAUAUACAACCUUGUCUUUGUUCCUAUACACAACCUUUUCCUUCGUUUCUAUACACAACCAUUUUUUGGUCCUAUACACAACAUUGUCUUCGUUCCUACACACAACCUUGUCUUUGUUCCUAUACACAACCUUUUCUUCGUUCCUAUACACCACCUCUUCUUCGUUCCUAUACACAACCUUUUCUUCGUUCCUAUACACAACCUCUUCUUCGUUCCUAUACACUCCCUUUUCUCCGUUCCUAUACACAACCUUGUCUUUGUUCCUAUACACAACCUUGUCUUUGUUCCUAUACACAACCUUUUCUUCGUUCCUAUACACAACCUUGUCUUUGUUCCUAUACACAACCUUUUUCUUCGUUUCUAUACACAACCUUUUUUUGUUCUUUACAUAACAUUGUCUUCGUUCCUACACACAACCUUGUCUCUGUUCCUAUACACAACCUUGUCUUUGUUCCGAUACACAACUUAUUCUUCGUUCCUAUACACAACCAUACCUUCGUUCCUAUACACAACCUUGUCUUUGUUCCUAUACACAACCUUUUCUUCGUUCCUAUACACAACCUUGUCUUUGUUCCUAUACACAACCUUUUCUUCGUUCCUAUACACAACCUUGUCCUUGUUCCUAUACACAACGAUUUCUUCGUUCAUAUACACAAUCUUUUCUUCGUUCCUAUACACAACCUCUUCUUCGUUCCUAUACACAACAUUUUCUUCGUUCCUAUACACAACCUUUUCUUCGUUCCUAUACACAACCUUGUCUUUGUUCCUAUACACAACUUUUUCUUCCCUUUUUCUCGUUCCUAUACACAACCUUUUCUUUGUUCCUAAUCACAACCUUUUCUUCGUACCUAUAUACAACCUUGUCUUUGUUCCUAUACACAACCUUUUCCUUCGUUUCUAUACACAACCAUUUUUUUGGUCCUAUACACAACAUUGUCUUCGUUCCUACACACAACCUUGUCUUUGUUCCUAUACACAACCUUUUCUUCGUUCCUAUACACCACCUCUUCUUCGUUCCUAUACACAACCUUUUCUUCGUUCCUAUACACAACCUCUUCUUCGUUCCUAUACACUCCCUUUUCUCCGUUCCUAUACACAACCUUGUCUUUGUUCCUAUACACAACCUUGUCUUUGUUCCUAUACACAACCUUUUCUUCGUUCCUAUACACAACCUUGUCUUUGUUCCUAUACAACCUUUUUCUUCGUUUCUAUACACAACCUUUUUGUUGUUUUUUAUAACAUUGUCUUCGUUCCUACACACAACCUUGUCUCUGUUCCUAUACACAACCUUGUCUUUGUUCCGAUACACAACUUAUUCUUCGUUCCUAUACACAACCAUAACUUCGUUCCUAUACACAACCUUGUCUUUGUUCCUAUACACAACCUUUUCUUCGUUCCUAUACACAACCUUGUCUUUGUUCCUAUACACAACCUUUUCUUCGUUCCUAUACACAACCUUGUCCUUGUUCCUAUACACAACGAUUUCUUCGUUCAUAUACACAAUCUUUUCUUCGUUCCUAUACACAACCUCUUCUUCGUUCCUAUACACAACAUUUUCUUCGUUCCUAUACACAACCUCUUCUUCGUUCCUAUACACAACCUUUUCUUCGUUCCUAUACACAACCUUGUCUUUGUUCCUAUACACUACGUUUUCUUCGUUCCUAUACACAACGUUGUCUUCGUUCCUAUACACAGCAUUUUUCUCGUUCCUAUACAGAACCUUUUCUUCGUUCCUAUACACAAACUUGUCUUUGUUCCUAUACACAACCUUAUCUUCAUUCCUAUACACAACUUUGUCUUCGUUCUCAUACACAACCUUUUUUUCGUUCCUAUACACAACCUUUUCUUCGUUCCUAUACACAAUCUUUUUUUGUUCCUAUACACAACAUUUUCUUCGUUCCUACAAACAACAAUGUCUUUGUUCCUAUACACAACCAUUUCUUCGUUCCUAUACACAACCUCUUCUUCGUUCCUAUACACAACCUUUUCUUCGUUCCUAUACACAACCUUGUCUUUGUUCCUAUACACAACCUUUUCUUCGUUCCUAUACACAAACUUGUCUUUGUUCCUAUACACAACAUUUUCUUCGUUUCUAUACACAACCUUUUUUUGUUCCUAUACACAACCUUUUCUUCGUUCCUAUACACAACCUCUUCUUCGUUCCUAUACACUCCUUUUUCUUCGUUCCCAUAAACAACCUUGUCUUUGUUCCUAUACACAACCUUUUCUUCGUUCCUAUACAAAACCAUGUCUUUUUUUCUUCGUUCAUAUACACAACCUUGUCUUCGGUCCUAUACACAACCUUUUCCUCGUUCCCAUACACAUCUUUUUCUUCGUUCCUAUACACAACCUUGUCUUUGUUCCUAUAAACAACCAUUUCUUCGUUCCUAUACACAAACUUGUCUUCGUUUUUAUACACAACCUUGUCUUUGUUCCUAUACAUAACCUUGUCUUUGUUCCUAUACACAACCUUUUCUUCGUUUCUAUAAACAACCUUUUCUUCGUUCCUAUACACAACCUUUCCUUCGUUCCUAUACACAACCUUUUCUUCGUUCCUAUACACUCUCUUUUCUCCGUUCCUAUACACAACCUUGUCUUUGUUCCUAUACACAACGUUUUCUUCGUUCCUAUACACAGCCUUUUUCUCGUUCUUAUACACAACCUUUUCUUCGUUCCUAUACAUAACCUUGUCUUUGUUCCUAUAAACAACCUUUUCUUCGUUCCUAUACACAACCUUUUCUUCGUUCCUAUACACAACCUUGUCUUCGUUCCUAUACACAACCUUGUCUUCGUUCCCAUACACAACCUUUUUUUCGUUCCUAUACACAACCUCGUCUUUGUUCCUAUACACAACCUUUUCUUCGUUUCUAUACACAACCUUUCUUUGUUCCUAUACACAACCUUUUCUUUGUUCCUAUACACAACCUUUUCUUCGUUCCUAUACACAACCUUGUCCUUGUUCCUAUACACAACCUUUUCUUCGUUCCUAUACACAACCUUGUCUUUGUUCCUAUACAAAACCUUUUCUUCGUUCAUAUACACAACCUUUUCUUCGUUCCUAUACACAACCUCUUCUUCGUUCCUAUACACAACCUUUUCUUCGUUCCUAUACACAACCUUGUCUUUGUUCUUAUACACAACCUUAUCUUCAUUCCUAUACACAACUUUGUCUUCGUUCCCAUACACAACCUUUUCUUCCUUCCUAUACACAAACAUGUCUUUGUUCCUAUACACAACCUUUUCUUCUUUCCUAUACACAACCUUGUCUUUGUUCCUAUACAAGUGA